AGCCACAGUGCAAGGUACUCUUUGCCUGGUACUACCUUGACCUAAUGAAUGUGUGGACGUUAAGGGGUUCUGCUGUGGGCUGUCUGUAAGUAACUGUGAAAUCAACCCAAACGCAGCUUCUUUAAAAAUAACAAAACCACAAAGAUCAAUCAGACCACGAACACAGGAGUAAAAAUAAGUAAUGCGUGUUCAAGACAAGACACACGUACCUGAGGUAUUCAUUAACUUCCAGUAAAUAACGUCACAGUCUGAAAGAGAGGCUAGCAUCUGGUAUGGCUCGUGGUUGAACAUCAUCUUAAACAGGAGCAGUUUUAAGCAGGCUUCUUUUAGACUUUCCAGGAAGACAAAAAAAAAUCAACCUAGGUGCAUUUAAAUUUAGUGUGCAAACUUAUCCUUUUGGUAUUGCACACUGAAGAGGUGCUUUUCACCCUGUAAACCUGUUAGUCUUCCCUUGUUAAAACCAUACAGCAAAGCUCCUUGGUGUGUGUGGGUGUGCUGGGUUUUACUCACAGUUUUGCAGGAGUACCUUGACUUCUGGGCUUCGGAGGUUCGGCUGGGUUGAUGGGAUGUGAAAAUUGAGGAAUCCUUUUAAAAGCAGGCAUGUUGAGCAAACAGGUUCUCCUUUUUGCUCUAGUGGUGGGGCUCAGGGCUCAAGAAACUCAACCUUCUGAGAGAGGGAUUAGAAAUCUCUACCAGCCCCCCUUGAUCAGUGCACUGGUGGGAGAGACAAGAACAGUAAACUGCACCUUUGAGCACACGGAGAGUGAGGGGGCUUCCAGCAAAUGGGAAAGAAUGACUUCAAACCAAACAGUUGACACGGUUUCUUUAACCUGCAAUGCACUGAUGACGGCGUGCACUGUAACAAUGGAAAUCAAGAACCUCACACUCCAGCAUGCUGACACCUACGUCUGUGCAGUAAAGCUACUGAAUACUUCUGCAGAGAAGACAGGCAAUGGGACAAGAAUAAUUGUUUAUGAAAAAGAGAUCUCUGUCGAGGAGGUGGUGGUUGCGGGCAAGGAGGUGGAGCUGAACUGCUCUGCCACUGGGUUUUACCCGGAGGAGAUCUCAUUCAACUGGACAAGGGGAGCACUCCACAGUGUCGUGCAGAACAACACAGACAACCACGCCGACGGGACCUUCAGCGCCUACAGCCGGCUUAGAUUCACCCCUGACUCCAAGGACAACGGGGUUACUGUGGGGUGUCACAUCAACCACAGCUCACUCACAGAGACCCUCACGCGACUGACUACGCUGAAUGUGACAUAUAGCCCCAGAUCCUUCAACGUGACUUACAGCAUCGAUUCACAGCCUCCACGGCCUGUAGAGCAAGGAGGAAUCAAUGCCCCUGAGAUGUCAACCCUGAGGUUGCGCUGUGCAGUCGAGAGCAAUCCACAGUCAUCUGUUUCCUGGCUGAUAGAGAGCAUUUCCACAGGAGAUUUCAAAUCAACCAACGGUUCAGAUCUGCUGAUAGAUGGAGUGAAGGAUGAGGGGACAUACUGGUGCAUGGCAAAUAACAGCAACGGAGCAAGGAACAGCAGUGUGGCAGUACGGGUUAAACACAAAGUUGCAGUGCCUUCACUUCCUUUCAUUUUCAUCGUGGUUCUGACUUCCUUUACUGUCUUGGUGAUUAUAGUGGCCAUAAUAAACAGUAAAUCCCAGGAUAAAAGGAACCCAAAAGGUAAGAAGGCCAGCUUUUCCACAAACAUUGUGUCUCUAAUGACUGGGUAAUUACAUAGUAGUUACUUAGUAAAUGCAUGUGUAUGUACUUUGCAUGAUACAACCCUAACUCUAACCCUAACCCUAACUCUAACUCUUUUCUGACACAAUUGUGUACUUACAUAUCGUGCAAAAAGAUUUACACAUUAAGAGCAUUAGAACUAUGCAUAAUUACAUUGUAAGUACACAUGUAUUUAUAAGGAACGACUGUAAUUAGAGAUACUUUUUGUAAAGUGUUACUGCUUUUCCUAAUAAAAGACAUUGGGUCAAGCUUUUUAAAUGGUAGUUCAUAUUGUAUUUUAGCUGUACUAUUGCACUUACUGUAAACUACACUGUGUUUAAAUAUUAAUUUUGCAUUGCGACCCUGUACUGCCCUGUGACCACCUGUAAGUCGUCUUGGAUAAAGGGGGUCUGCCAAAUAAAUAAAUACAAAUAAAUAUAAAUAAAAAGUUUGCAGAAAAAUAAGAAUGCAUUUAAAGGAUAUACCAGUAAAUCCCAAAAUGUGUCUAACUUGCAUUUACUAUUCAAAACUAUUUACUGCAAAUCUUCAUUAGCACAUAUAAGACAAAUAAUAAACCAUUUUAGACUGAGCACAAGUCCCUCGGUGAAAUGUGUGAGUUGUUUAUUUCUGGGUCGGAGACUUUAUUGGGUGUGUUUCUACUCUCUGAAUAAAAUGACAAAUUGCGGUAAGUGGUCUUGAGAAUGUAACGGUCCACAGUAUCUAUAGUAAUAAUUAAAGGUGAAAAUCUUGACAGAUUUGUUGUAUUUAAUGCGUUUGUUGUGAACCUUGUUUUCUGAUUAUUUUCUCUUUAAAGGACACCGUGUAAACAGGUAAGUGUCCUCUAUUAUUCUUGCUUUUUGAUUUGCCCAUUUCAUUAGUGUAUUAAAAACACAGCCUGGUUUUAAGAGCCUUCUUCAUAAUUCACGGCAUGCAAGUUUAGACAUGCACACUCACGCAUAGACUUCCUCAAUC